CACUUUUUCCAUAACUUUAGUCGAGAAAACACCACCCACAAAAUAACCAAAAUCUAGCCAACAUAGGAAGAACUGUAGAAAUUCCCCUAAAACCCUAAAACUCAGCCAAGUUCGGAUCCUAAAACGGAUCAGUGCAUUCAACAGUAUAAAUCCCUUCGAAUCUCCCGCACUAAAAUUCUCCAGCUUCGAUUUUUCGAUUUGCAUUGGCUGUCAGCUCUGAUUUCGGGUUUUUAUUUGACCCGUUAAUGGAACAGCGAGUCUUGUCCACUCUAAUCGGAGUAUCAGUUAGCAAAAGAGCUGAUUUAUUGAGUAGCUUAGUCACAAUUAGAUCUCGCCCAAUGAGUCCAGAUGAGGGGAUUGAUUUUUCUCACUGCAGUCUCAAUAAGCAAAACUUUGACAUUACCUCAUCACACAAAGAGCAGACGGCAGAGACGGCAGAGAGACGCCUGCCAGAGGAACCAAAACCGGUAGAUAGCCCGGAGACACCACCUCAGUUCUUCAAAGUUAUCCUAUCUCCUCAUGCCUCUAAAUUACACAUCCCAGAUGAAUUUGUAAUGGAGUACGGGGUGGAUCUGCGAGAUGUUGUGUCGCUUGAGGUUCCAGAUGGCGCAAUGUGGAAAGUAAAAUUGCAAAAUUGUAGUGGCAUGGCAUGGUUAAAGGAGGGUUGGAACCGAUUCAAGGAGUACUAUUCAAUUGGUUGUGGUUACUUUUUACUCUUCCGAUAUAACGGAAAUUCCCAUUUCUCUGUGUUUAUAUUUGAUUUAAGUGCUUCCGAGAUUGAUUAUCCUCCUGGCCCAAAUGAAGAUGAGAUUUCUCCUGGUCUAAAUGAAGAUCUGACACCAGAGAUUUCUCCGGGCCCAAAUGAAAAUUUGGCGCCUGAGAAUUUAUGUGUUGUGGCUGAGCCAGAGGAGAACCCCUUAACUUGUCAAGAAAAUAGUUGUGCGGAGACGUUACUGAUGAUAUCCCAGCCAUCAAGGCCAAAUGUAUAGAUAUCUUGAAGGCCAUUUUUCCUCUUGCUUUCAAAGCUGCACGAUGCAAUUUUUUGUAAGGAUUUAAGUUACUUGAGGGGAGCCUUGGCGUAACUGGUAAAGUUGUUGCAAUGCGACUAGGAGGUCACGGGUUCAAGCUGUGGAAACAAUCUCUUGUAGAAAUACAUGGUAAGACUGCGUACAAUAGACCCUUGUGGUCUGACUCUUUCCCGGAUCCCGCGCCAGAGGUGUAUCCUGCUUGAGGGGUAUGUGUUCACGUGAACGCAUACUCCUUUCCCUAAACCAUGUAUAAUAAUGUUAUAUUUUUUCAAAAUUACUUAAAUAUAUGUAUGUGCAUCCAUGAUCAAAGACUCUUAUGGUGUAACUAUUAUUGGGUGAACCUUUACAAGUGAAAUUGGUGGUUCAAAUCUCACU